CCCAGCUAUUUUGUUGCUUAAUUCAGGGCAUGCGAAAUGAUUUGGCGGAAUCCAGAACGGAGGGCUAAGGAGCUCCUCCGCUCCACCACCGUCUUAGAGCCAUUCUACGUCGUCACAAUCAGCCUCCUCAGCCUCUUGCUUCCCCUUUCCUUUCUGCUUCUAUCCAGGUUUUCUUAUGUUCACUACCUCUUCCUCGUCACCGCCACUCCGUUUCCCGUCCACCCAUCUUUCUCCUUAAAUUUCUUCCUCACCAUCCCUGCUGUUCUCUACGUUCCUGUUACAACAGUUAGUGUAUCUGCUCUCGUCCACGGCUUGACUGGAAAAAUCACCUUUGCAAGUGAGUCGCCGGUCGCUGCUUACCGCCCCCGCCUUUUCGCCACAUGGAUCAUCCUCUGUGUUUUGCAAGUCUGUGUAGGUUUGGGAAUUGAAGGAAGCAUAGAGGCUGGAGUCAACGGCAGCGCCGCCGCCGCCGCCGCAAACUUAAUUGGUGUCAAGAGGAGCCUGUUCAGUAGAGUGAUAUUCUUCUUGGGUUUACAUGAGUCCAUGCUUCUUUGGUUCAGAACCAUUGUGAAGCCCAUUGUGGAUGACACUAUUUUCGGUGUUGUUAGGGAGGAGAGUUGGGUUCAGAGGGCGACGGUGGCCGUUAGCUUAGGUAGCUUGUGGUGGUGGAAGCUGAGAGACGAGGUGGAGGGUCUGGUAGUUGGUGCGGAGUCUAAGAUAGAGAUGGCGAUGGGCAUGGAGGCAGUUGACCUUGUUGGGUGGUGGUUGUAUUACGUAACCGUGACAAUUGGGAUGGUAAGACUGGUCAAAGUUGUUAUGUGGCUUGGCAUGAUUUUUCUCUUUGAAAGGGUAAGAAUUAGGAAUUCCGACCAAACUAGUAACGGUGAAGGCAAGGUAUGAAAUGGACAACCCCCGGCUUUCUAUUUUUCUUUCAAAACGACUCAUUGAGAAUAAUGUUUAUACAUAUACACAUUGCUAAUGUUUGAUGAUAAUAAAAUAAUCUAAAUUUU